UUUAUGUUCUCAUGCAUAAUGGGUGGGAAUGAUGGAGCUUUGAAAAAAAUAAAGAUCCAAAAGUCACUUAAUUGCAACCAAAUAAUGUUUUGCUCCUACCAUGCAGAUUUGGAACUUUAGCAAAAGUAACAACUAAAGAGAAAACUGAAAUCCCUGAUUUGUCAAAACUCAAUCAAAUGUAUUUCAUUGACUUGUUUUCACUUUGAAUUUGUUUUUACCUGACAUCUUUUUUAUUUUAUUUACACAAUUACAACUUAAGAAUACACGAUUUCCGUUUGUACUUGAAGGCGUCACGGUGAAGGGAUUAUUUUAAAAAUGGCCACCAGAGGGAGCUAUUAGUCGCAUCAUAACGUCGAGCAAAUCGGAAUUUAUAUAUAUAUAAAAAUAACACAGAAAUUUAAUCUAUUUUUUUAAACAAUUUCAUGAAAGUAGUAGAAUUACUGUGGUUUUUUUUUAUGAUAUUGCAGUUUGGAUAUUUGUUUUUCUUAUUUUUUAAAUAAAAAAGGGGUGGAGGUUCCGCCUCUUUUGCAUAUCAAAUGAAGAAAAAAAAAAGCUGCAAAGUCAAAGUAAGAAGGCUUUAACCCCACGCGGAGCAUCAUUUCGGGAAUAUCUCCUGUGAAUGAAGCUUCAUCCAGAGAGUGAAACCAACCAGCAUUUUAAAGUUUUUUCUUUCCUUUUAUUUAUUUUUUUUUUAUACAUCCACUACUUACUUCUUUUCCAGCGGUGAGGAUCCGUGCAGGUGCGCUGCUGCUGCUGCAGUCCCCACGCUGCAUUUCCAUCUCCAGCAGGCUGCAGGAGAAAGUUAAAAACCCCUCCGAGGACUGCGUCAGGGCUGCAGCCUUUACGGCGGCGGGACAUUUCUGGAUGGCAGACGACUCCUCGGAGUUGGUUGCGCGCAGAGCUGCAUCUUUCAUGUCUGCAGAGCGCCCGUAACUCCCGGCAGCAUCAUGGCACGGCUCCGGAGGAGAGCCUGCGUGGCUCUCUUCCUCUUCACGCUCUUCAUUUUCGGGACCCUCAUGGCUUUGAGGACCCUGAAGCCCAGCGACGGCUUCUCGGAUCUGGCUCCGGGUUUGGAACUUCUCCCGAUCUUGGGGGCCAGGAUGGACCGGCGCUCCGUAACUCGUGCCAGCGCCUCCCCGGAUCAAGCCCGCCCGCCUGGCAGCAACACCAAAGCCAUGCUGUCCAACUUCAGCCCGGAAGGGACCAUCUUUUACGACGUUCACAUAUUUUAUUACACUUGGUACGGCAGCCCGCACAUGGACGGCAAGUACAUCCACUGGGACCACAUCCUGGUUCCACACUGGGACCCCAAAAUCGCAUCCAGCUACCCGAGGGGCAAACACAUGCCGCCCGAGGACAUCGGCUCCAGCUACUACCCCGAACUGAACCCGUACAGCUCCAGGGAUCCGGACGUGCUGGAGUCCCACAUGGAGCAGAUCGGAGCAUCAGCAGCAGGUGUUCUGGUCCUGGCCUGGUACCCUCCUGGGCUCGGUGAUGAAAACGGGGAACCCACAGAGGACAUGGUACCUGCGGUACUGGAUGCUGCUUAUAGACACAACCUCAAGGUUGCGUUUCAUAUUCAGCCGUACAAAGGCAGAAACGACCAGACGGUACACGACAACAUCAAGUACAUCAUCGACAGGUAUGGUGACCACGGAGCCAUGUACAGAUUGACUACCAGCACAGGGAAGAGUCUUCCUCUCUUCUACAUCUAUGACUCCUACCUCACUCCAUCAGAGGCCUGGUCUGAACUCCUGAGUCCCACCGGCUCCCACAGCAUCCGUGGCUCCGCCUACGACUCUGUCCUCAUAGCUCUGAUCGUGGAGGAGCGUCACAAACACGACAUCCUGGCAGGAGGUUUCGACGGCAUGUACACCUACUUUGCCUCCAACGGCUUCUCCUUUGGCUCCUCUCACCAGAACUGGAAGGCCAUCAAGGCCUUCUGCGACGGGAACAACCUCCUCUUCAUCCCGAGCGUCGGGCCCGGGUACAUUGACACGAGCAUCCGGCCGUGGAACAACCACAACACUCGCAACAGGGUGAACGGUCGCUACUACGAGACGGCCCUGCAGGCGGCGCUCAACGCGCGGCCGGAGAUCGUCACCAUAACGUCCUUCAACGAAUGGCACGAAGGGACGCAGAUAGAGAGGGCGGUGCCCAAAAAGACAGUGACCCGCGUGUACUUGGACUAUCAGCCCCACGGACCCGAUCACUACCUGGAGCUGACCCGCCGCUGGGCCGAGCAGUUCAACAAGGAGAAGCAGCAGUGGCUCAUUUGAACUUUCGGCGAGCUCUGGAUGAAACCGAGAGAGUAGAAGAAGAAUAUAAGAGGAUGUUAAGCUUUUGGGGAAAAUCAAUCACUAAACAGAAAGGCCACAAAUCCCUGGAAAAAUAUGGGCUUAUUGAUGGACAAUAUAAAACUGACCAAAAAUAUUCCCUCCCAAAAUGAGGUCAUGGUGAGGUGGUCAAAAUUCACCUUUAUUUUCAUUUAAUUAUUUGUUUUAAAGACCCACUCCGAUCAUCUUUUUAAAUAUUUUUUAGUGGAAUUUAAAUUAUGAUUAUGCACUUUCUAGCCACAACCUGUUGUUUCCUAGGACAAAGUUUCUGCAGAGCGGCACUAGUCCGUUAGAAAUUUGGUUCUGGGUUGAGUGUUGGCGUGAAGCACCCCCUCCCCCAUUCCCCUUCCCCUUGCUGAGAGCUCUCUGUUUUCACGCUCUCCUGCUAGCUUAAAGCACCACAAACCUCCAAUGUAGCACUAGCA